AUGCUCUGCGCGAUCGUUAAUGAAAUGGUGCCCAGCGAACGAGCGCCGAGAGGACGGCCGCCCAAGGGCCACGUCUGGAAAGACGGAAAUUUCGUCCACGCGGAGAGCCUGCGCGUCUUUGCGAGGGAAGACCACGAGGCUGCGCUAAAGGACAUCUGGCGCCAAGGACGUAAGGACAAGUACGCCGCGAACGUAAACGGGCGCUGCCUGGACUGCGGUGCCGCGGCGCAGCCAGCAACGGAGGCGGCAGACUUGGCCGGGCAGCGAGCCGCGCCGUCGGCAAUCGCGUCGACGCCCAGCAGCAUCGCAGAAAUGCAGGCUAUGCCCGCGGAGGCCAGCCUUGCGGGCGCCUUUCCACGUAACGCAGAGGUGCAGCCCCAUGCCAGCACAAUUGCAAGGAACGACCAGGCCGGGGCAACCAUCGUUGGGCGGGAGACUCGCUUCCUUGAUGUCGCAGCGGCGGGAGUUGUGCUCCGGGCCGCAGAUGGGACGAUAUUGGUCGGUUGGGAUCCGAUCAAGCAGAAGUGGUCGCUGCCUGGUGGAAAGCGCGAACAUGGGGAGUCAGUUCGCGCCUGCGCAACGCGGGAACUCUAUGAGGAGACGCAACUGCGUGCUCAUGAUCUCCAGAUCGACUGGUCCAACCCCGAGUACAUCCUUCCGGCCAAGUACGUCUACUUUCAGGGGCACCUUGGCAGCAACCAGCCGUCGGCAACAACGACAUUCGCAGAAUAUAGGCAUAUGCAUCUACAAGAGCCUCCCUCAAACUGCGCAUUCUGCCUUGAGAAGGCAGUCAGCGGCCUCCGAGCCAAGCACAGGCCACGCCCGGCGGGUCUGCUAGAGGGCCUCGAGGAGCCGCGCGGGCGGGUUCGAGACCCUGCCGAGGCGCCGUUGCAGCGCAGCGCGCGCGCGACUACCGAACAGGACGGCGCCGCGGACGUCACCGUAAAGCAACCGCCAGCCAAAAGACGAAAAGCGGGCACUGGCUCGAGCACAGAGGCCGGGGCGGAUCCCGCACCCCGGGAACCGCCCGCCACCGAAGGAACAUACCAUGUUCGGGUGCCAGCGGCAACUUCCAACACGGGAGCUGCGCCCAGCGAAGCAGCGAGAGAGGGCGCGGGAGCAAUCGUCGAACAGUGGUCCGGGCGCAAGAGAAUCAGGAGCGGCGCCUCCCGCGCGGCGCCCGCUGCAGAGAGCGGUGGCGGGCCGACCGCCACGAGCAACCGUGGCGACGCAGAGGCGCCCCUGGCCGCACUCAAGGACAUGAAUUUCUACGACACGCUGGGCGUGCAGCCCAGCGCCACCAACGCUGAGAUCCGACGCGCUUUCAGAGGAAUCGCCCUCAAGCACCAUCCAGACAAGGGUGGCGAUCCGCAGAUCUACCUCUAUCUCAGCAAGGUGCGCGACAUCUUACUCAACAAGGCCAAGAGGGAACAGUGCGACUUCCAUGGUCGCACGCCUUUCGCCGACGCAUUCUCGGCAACUCCGCCCGGUGGGGCUGCGGAGCGAGGCGUCGACGCGCUGCCGGGGCAGCGGGUCAUGUUUGCGCCAGUGAGUUACAUGCUCGAGAAAAUGGCCGGCGACGAAGCAUGGGCGACGCAGCGGUGGGGCCACGACGGCAGUGGGUACCGUUUCGACGUCCUCGCAGCGGUUAUGCUGAAGCGCGUGGAGGCGUCAGGGCCGCCUGCGCGCGCCGACGUUCGGGCGACGCGGGAUGUCUCCCGGCUCGGGCGUGGCGCAAUAGCCCUGGGUAUCCAGGAGAGCCGUCUCGUCAGCGGGCGCCCAUCCGAAGGCGGAGGGCCCGCGUCCCUUCAGCAAGAAAUCGACGCGAAGGUUCCGCGCACCUUGGCUGGCAUGUCCGCGGCGCAGAUGAAGAGCACGUUCCGGGCUGUCGUACUGUUCGGCUGCGUAGAAUUCGACCUUGUCUCAUCCUGGAUGUUCUGCGCCAAGGAACUCGCGGCGACAUUGGGCGUGGUUACCCCCCUGCUACAGCGCGUCGCGGUCGAUGGCCUGACCCCUGAGGGGCAGCCGCUGCACGCGGCUGUGCGCAAGCGCCUCGCCGAAGCCGCUUGCGUAACAGAGAAAGCCCUGAAGGGAGCGCUGCAACGUCUGAUCGGCGGCGGCCACUGGCCGACGAAGAUGCAUCUCCAGGAGAAGGGAGGGCGCUUCACAGACGACCUCGCCCAGCUCGACGAUGAGUUGGAGGAGGUAUGCGCUCGAAACUUCCAGAAUGCCACGUCGCAACAGCGGGCCGCGCUGGCGGACAAGCCCCGGCCCGACAGAAGCUCCUUGGCGCACGCGCUAAUGGAGCUGGAGAGGGUGAAGGUGGACCAGAUGGAGCGGGUCUCGGAGCGCCACGGUGCCCGAUUGGUCGGCCUUCUCGGGGACGCGACCAUCCAUCCGUCGGGCUCGCUGGAAGCGCUCCGGCGGGCGCAGCGGGACCUGGCCGACGCUGGGAUCACCGCCUCGCUGAAGCCGCUGGCGGGCGAUAACCCGGAAGACCUCGUGAAGUUUUUGCACAGCAAGGGCGUCGAGGUCGGCAGGCCGGCGCCCCCCCGUGCCAUGCCCGUGCAUGGCCUGCAGUGGGCCGAGGCGUGGCUCAAGGCGAACUCGCAUGCCUACAGUGGCAACCCUGGUGACGCGCCGCACGGGUCGUACGCCACUAUCGCGGCCGGGCGGUGGGACGUACGCAAGUUGCACGAUGAGGCAUGGGCGACGCUCAACGAAAGCACCAACGUGUGGGAGGUCUCGAGGAACGCCCUCGGACUCGCGGGCGAGAAGACCACAAAGUAUCUGCGAGAGGAGCUGCAGGGUUUCGAGUUCGAGGCCGCUCUGGGCGACGAUGGCAAAUUCAAGCCGCGGCCCCGCCCUAAGCCGUACCCAAGCAACGUGCUCGAGGACGAUCAAUUUCUCAAGCAUGUCGCGUCGCAGAUCAAGGAGAAGACGUGGCCGCCGAUGCAGACGCAUCCGAAGGAGAGUGUAGCGACGGCAUUCGCGAAUGGCCUGUCGGUCGACUGGGAACAGAGCGACCCAUUCAACGCGUACGUCGCAACGCGCAAGGAGUGGAACCUGCUCCGGCACUCCAAGGCUCGCAUUGAGCAGUUCCCGGACUACAUGACGAAGAAAAGGGGUUGCAGCGCCGAAGCGGCGCGCGCGAUCGCCCAGAAAUGGGUCGCCUUCACGGACGUCCUCAUCGGCGAAAAGACCGCGGCGAUGGAACAGCGGCGGGACGUCGUUUUCGAGCAAUUCCGGGCAGGGCUGGAAGAUCUCCUUGAUGAUUACCCUUGCGUGAAGCACAUUUUCUGGGAACCCUUCCUGAACGUCCGCGAUAUGUUCUGUGCCCUGCAGAUCCGAGCAGACGCCUUCAGCGGGAAGCAUCAGAAAGCGAAGCGGAUCACCGGGUUCUGUGAGUUCGGCUGUGCCUCGGCGAAUAAGGGCGGGCGCCGAGACAUGGGCGAGCAGACCUUCGGCACGCACGUACCGCCCGAGCAGAUGGGCUUCGUCUUCAAGAUCACCUCCGCCGAAAUGUGCGCUAAAAGCCAACGCGGUCCCUGGGAGGCGGCCGCCAACGCAGAAGGCUCGCGCUUGGGCUACUCGGACGAAUGGACAAGGUCCACGCGCAUGAACAACGCCACUUUCAAGGCCUUCCAUGCCGGCAACAGCAUUGACUUCGAUCGGAAACAUAAGGGCAAGCGCCAGAUCGACGUCCCACCCCCAGUGAUCUACCUUGCCAACGAGGGGUUCCGAUUCCAGGACCCAGUGGUAGACGGCGAAGACAGGCGCUUGCAGAUACUUACGUGCAAACGCCGCAUCGUGCCCGCGGACCAGUACGACCCGGAGGACCCGUCGCACAUCCUGAAGGAUCCGAGGAUCAAAGCGGAGUCCAAGCAGUGGAUGCACGAGUACGUAUGGGCACUGCUCUGCGUCGCGCGCGGCUGCGACAUCGCUCAGGACGACUUGCCCUUCCCAGCGCCAACGUACUCGAAGGAGUCCAUAGCGGAACUGAUCGAGGCGGCGGGGCCUGCAACGACGGUGAACAACCAGGGCGUGGCCGAGGAUUUCUUGAACAGCUGCUUAGUGCGCUGCCCGCCCUCCGGUGAGCCCACGGCGCGGAGAGAAGUGCUGAGAGCGCUCUGCGCCUUCGCCGCGAAGCCGCCCUACUUCUCCCGCUCCACGAAAGACGCGUUGCAGCGAGCGCUGGAAUUCCUAGUCGAAAACGGAGGCGACGUGACUGUUCAGUUCCCCACGAGGCGAACCGUUUACCCUUAUCUGGCCAGGACUGGAGACGAGAAGGCUUCUAAGAAGUCGCGCAUGCUCCGGUUGCGGCCGGGCUGGGAUUGCAACGAAGCGGUGGCCUGUGGCAUGACUUCGGCGCCUCUGGAGUGA